UAAAAAGAGCUGAGCUUGUCUUUCUCGCCAUCACUCAUCGGCCCUUUUCGGCUCUCUCCAGUUACAGAGUCCAUUAGCUGUAGAGAUUCGAAACCUCUCCCUUUCUGUUUAUCUCUGCACCAUUCUGGAGACACGCUCCUUCUCCAUAUUUUCAUACAAACUGUUCAGAAUAAGCUAUAGAAAAUACUGAAGAAGCCCAGAAAGGCUUCAUACGUGUUCUUUCUUGCUUUCAGAACAAUCGGAAAUGGGAAAUUUUCAUCUGGGGUUGUUCUUGAUUUGCUCUGUUUUUGCUCUGGCUUCUGGGUCUUCUGCGAAUCUGCCAAUCUUAUCGUUCCAUGAAGGUUACUCUCAUCUGUUUGGAAAUGAUAAUCUGAUGGUCCUCAGGGAUGGUAAAUCAGUUCAUAUUUCUCUUGACGAAAGAUCAGGUUCUGGAUUCCUUUCUCAAGACCUUUAUUUUCAUGGAUUUUUCAGUGCUUCGAUUAAGUUGCCUGCAGAUUAUACAGCUGGAGUGGUUGUUGCGUUUUAUAUGUCAAAUGGCGACAUGUUCGAGAAGAACCACGAUGAGAUUGAUUUUGAGUUCUUGGGGAAUAUCAGAGGCAAAGAUUGGAGGAUUCAAACCAAUAUUUAUGGCAACGGAAGCACCAGCGUAGGGAGAGAAGAAAGAUACGGUCUCUGGUUCGACCCUUCUGAAGAUUUCCACCAGUACAGUAUUCUUUGGACUCAGAACCAAAUCAUAUUCUAUGUAGACAACGUUCCAAUUAGAGAGUAUACGAGGACAGAAGCAAUGGGUGGGGACUUCCCCUCCAAGCCCAUGUCCCUAUAUUCCACAAUUUGGGAUGGUUCAGACUGGGCCACCAACGGAGGCAGAUACAGAGUGAACUAUAAAUACGCCCCUUACAUUGCACAAUUCUCUGACCUUGUUCUCCACGGAUGUGCUGUAAACCCAAUUGAACUCUCCUCCAAGUGCGACAUUCCCCCAACCUCCAGCCCCAUCCCCGCCGGCAUCUCACCGGAGCAGAGACCCAAAAUGGCAAACUUCAGGAAUAAGCACAUGACCUACUCCUACUGCUAUGACCGCAUCCGGUACAAGGCGCCUCCCCGGGAGUGCGUCAUCGAUCCCCGGGAAGCAGAGCGGCUCCGGGCCUUUGACCCGGUCACGUUCGGGGGCGGUCGCCGCCGCCAUCACCACGGGAAGCGACACCGCCGGAGCCAAGCAAGCCGGGCGGAGGCGACCACCAUAUGAUAUGAGCAGGGAGACCCUGUCCCUGUCCCUGCAGCUGGGAAACACGCCUCCUGCAUACCCAAACUCUUCCUAUUCAUUGUCCAUAAGCAGCAGCUGAAGGCUGAAGGCUGAAGGCUGAAGGCUGAAGGCUGAAGGCUGAAGGCUGAAGGUUGAAGGCUGAAGGUUGAUGGCCGAAGCUGAAGCUCAAGGCCUCUGCAGGUUUCAGCUCUCUUUUCUCAUAAUGAAAUCAGAAAAGAAAAUCGUGACAGAACGCUUGUCGAAGCUGAAGCUCAAGGCCUCUGCAGGUUUCAGCUCUCUUUUCUCAUAAUGAAAUCAGAAAAGAAAAUCGUGACAGAACGCUUGUCGUCUCCUGCGCAGCCAGCAGGUUCUGAGGGUUUGACUGGUUGGAGAGCUGCAAAUGGCACAAACACGAUCCAUUGUGGAAUGCGUUUUAUAGGUUGCUUCGGCUUUUUGCUGAUCUGUGGGGAUUGUUGGUUUCAGUAAAAUUUGCAUAAUUUAAAAGAUAUUUUAAUAUAUUUUGCAUAGCUUCUCCU